AGUUAAGUCACGUUGGGUCUUAGCACUUAUCAACAGGCAACUUUCUUAAUACAGCCUUUUAUUAAAAAUAAAAAAAACUAAGGUUAAAGUGGAUUCAACAGCAACACGUUGACGCCGUUGGACACGCGACGCUUGUAGCCAAAUAGAAUGCGGCGCGCAGACAUAAAGGACGAACCGGCGACUUAUGAGCGACUUGUGUACAAAAACACAUCCGUUUACCACUAUAUGAGGAUCUCCCUAGUGUUAGAGAAUGAAAACACCAGACUCAGUGCAGCCCAACUGAAGCAGCUCAUCGUCUCUGGCCUCAGGGACCUGUAUGGAGAGGUUGGAAGUGCGUUCCCUUUUGAUCUGUUGAAGUUUGAUGCGAGAGCACUAACAGGCGUGCUGCGUGUGUACAACAGUGGGCUGGUGAAGUUGUGGAGUGCCCUGACACUGUUGGGAUCCUAUCAGAAUGAACGGUGCUCUUUCAGAGUUACUCAGGUGUCACCUUUCCUGUUAACUCUGUCUGGGAAUAGUCGUGAGCUGGAGCUGGAGUUGGACUGAGCAAAGCUGUUGGUUCUUGAAUCAACACAGUAACCCAUAACACUGUAAAGACAAAACAAUACUUAGAAUGAACUUCAUUUUCAGAAAUGUCUUUAGUAAACCACAUUUGUGCUCUAAUUUCAACUAUGCAGCUCUUAACUGCAUUCAAAGGUACAGGGGACCCCUGCCGUCGGUUACAUUACCCCAGCCACGUCACCUCCAUGUCGGGGAGCGGGCCUCUCUCACCAAGGCCUUCAGCGCCAGGGACGUGGCGGUCUUCGCCGAGCUCACCGGGGACGUAAACCCCAUUCACCUGGAUCCGACCUAUGCCAAGACCACGUCGUUCGAAACUCCCAUCGUCCACGGCGUACUGAUAAACGGACUGAUCUCGGCCAUUCUGGGGACCAAGAUGCCGGGGAGCGGCUGUAUCUUCCUGUACCAGGAGAUCAGGUUUCCGGCGCCGCUGUACAUCGGGGAGGAGGUUCUGGCUGAAGCCGUGGUGAAGAAGAUCAAGAUGUCGUUCGCCUUCAUCGCAGUGACUUGCUCUGUCAAAGAUAAAGUGGUCAUGGAGGGGGAGGUCAUGAUCAUGAUGCCAGAGGAUCAGCAACCAAGGGUGUGAUGAUGAUGAUGAUGAUGAUAACAGUUGGAGGGAAUAUUGUAGCCUCAAAUCCAGUCUGUUUGUGCUGACAGAGAAGGAGUGGAAUGUUAGCACAAACGUACUGUAUUUGAAGCUAGUUAGUGGAACUAUUGUCGUCUCUCUUGACAUGACAGACUUGAGCUAACGUGAGAUUUGGUUCUGGCGGCAGGGAUUUAAAAUAUGUUGUGGUAAACCUGUACUUUUUGUUUAACUGGCUUUUUGGAGAUCCUUUUUAUGUUUUUGUAUGGCUUGAGUACCUGUGUGAUAGACAAUCUAUCCGUCUCACAUCCCUCUAGGAACAGCUCAGAGGUAGUGUCUAUGUUGUGGGACUACCUCCAAAGCAUCUCCUGACAAAUGCCUGUUAAAUCAGUGGCACUGGAAUGGUCCUUGUUUUGCUCAUACUUUUCUAAUAACUGUUAUAUGGUCUUGUGCUCUUGUAUUACAAAAAAAUUGUGCACAAUGUUCUUUGGUUAAAUUAUGAUUUAUUGAAUUUGAGAACUACUUUUGUUUGAUCAAAGAUCCUUCUUAGUUGUUUUGUAAAUAAAUGACAUAAUAAAGACCUAGGUCAAUGUAUGUAGGCAUAUCUGAGUUCCAAAUAAAUUGAAUCUAAGCAUUUUCAAGGCUGCCAA